AUGGAGCAAGAAAGCCAAGAAGUGCAACAGUUAGAAGGCUACUUUAACAACUAUCAAAUUAAAAAAAAGAUUGAAAGCUACGAGAAAGAAUUAAAAAAUGCAAGAGAACAAGAACAUCAAGAUCAAGAGACAAUGGCAUACUACGAGCAAACCUUCGAAAUUGCAAAAGAACGAAAAAAUCAAGAUCAGGAGAGAACGGCAUACCUUGGGUUAGGAGAUGCUUGUAGAUUGAACAAUCAGUUUGAAACCGCAAUAAAAUACUACGAGCAAGCCUUGGAAAUUGCAAAAGAACGAAAAGAUCAACAUCAGGAGACAAGGGCAUACCUUCGGUCAGGAAAAGCUUAUAGAUCGGACAAUCAGUUUCAAACGGCAAUUAAAUACUACGAGCAAGCCUUGACAAUUGCAAAAGAACGAAAAUAUCAACAUCAGGAGACAAGGGCAUACCUUGGGUUAGGAGAUGUUUAUAGAUUGAACAAGAA